CUCAGUUGGGUGUGCAGCAAUGCAGGGGUGGAGCUUUGACCCAGACUCAGGGUGGGACAGGAGCCUGGGAGCCAAGACUACUGCUGCCUUGCUGUGAACCUGGUACAAGACCAGUUCCCUCUCUGGCCCUCACUUCCCUGAUCUGCAAAUGAAAGGAUUCUCCUACAAGAACCUUUUCUUGUGUUCUGGGAUGGCUCUGCCUCCAUAUCUCAGGCUUUGGGCAUUUUUGAUUGGAGGAAUAUUGAAGUCUGGCACCCCUUGUCCAGCCUUAGACUUUGGGGCAGGGAGGGGGACUCUCAGCCUGAGCCCUCCCUUCCCCCUGCCCCUUCCCCCAGCAAUGGCCUGAGCCCCCAUGGCUGCCCCUCAGGACCUGGACAUCGCUGUGUGGCUGGCCACGGUGCACCUGGAGCAGUAUGCAGACACGUUCCGGCAGCAUGGCCUGGCUACAGUGGGUGCAGCCUGGGGCCUGGGCCACGAGGAGCUGAGGCAGUUGGGCAUCAGUGCCACAGGGCACCGGAAACGCAUUCUGCGCCUGCUGCAGGCAGGUGCUGUAGAGGGCUCCCCGGAUCCCCAAUCAGAUAGUGCCAUGGAGCCAUCCUCCACUCCGGACCCCCAAGCCCAGACCUUCAAGCCUGUGCCCAAGCCCAGGACAGUGUUUGGUGGGCUCAGUGGUCCUGCCACCACCCAGAGAACUGGGCCAAACCUAGCUCUUCAGGGACCAGAAGUUUCCAGGAUCCCAGAAUCUAGUCCACGGUCCCCGCCUCUCCCCACUUCCUCCUCUGAGCAGCCAUCAGCCUUGAAUACUAUGGAGAUGAUGUCCAAUGCCAUCUACUUCGGCCUGGACUUAAGAGGCAGGUCACAGGCAGCUCAGGACAUAACCCCUGACAGCUCCCAGAAAGCUGCCCCAACACCUGCCCUCAGGCCCACAACGGGUACAGUGCACAUCAUGGACCCCGGUUGCCUGUACUACGGUGUCCAGCCUGUGGGAGUCCCAGGGCCAUCUGAUAGAAGAGACAGCAGAGGUGUCUGUCAGGACAGGGCUGAACAUAGGCUCAGCAGGCAGGAUCUGGAGUCACGGGAGGAUGUCGGCUAUGCCAGCCUUGAGCUGCCUGGGGACUCCACCCUCUUGAUGCCCACCCUGGAUGUGGAGGAGACCAGUGAUGACCUCAUUUCACCCUAUGCCAGCUACUCCUCCACAGCAGACCCCCCCAUGCCCCUGCUCAGUAACUGGCUGGACAAGCUCUCCCCUCAGGGAAACUACGUCUUCCAGAGACGCUUUGUGCAGUUCAACGGGAGGAGUCUGAUGUACUUUGGCAGUGACAAGGACCCCUUCCCCAAGGGCAUAAUCCCCUUGACUGCCAUUGAGAUGACUCGAAGCAACAAGGACAACAAGUUUCAGGUCAUCACCGGCCAGAGGGUGUUUGUAUUCCGCACAGAAAGUGAGGCUCAGCGGGACACAUGGUGCAACACGAUACAAUCCUGCCUAAAGGAGCAGCGCCUUCUGGGCCACCCCCGGCCCCCCCAGCCACCCCGACCCCUCCGCACAGGCAUGCUGGAGCUGCGUGGACACAAGGCCAAGGUGUUUGCUGCCUUGAGCCCUGGAGAGCUGGCACUGUUCAAGAGUGAGCAGGCUUUCUCUCUGGGCAUUGGGAUCUGCUUCAUUGAGCUGCAGGGCUGCAGUGUCCGGGAGACCAAGAGUCGCAGCUUCGACCUGCUCACACCCCAUCGCUGCUUCAGCUUCACAGCCGAGUCUGGGGGGGCUCGGCAGAGCUGGGCGGCCGCUCUGCAGGAAGCAGUAACUGAGACCCUGUCUGACUACGAGGUGGCUGAGAAGAUCUGGUCCAACCGGGCAAAUCGGCACUGUGCAGACUGUGGGGCUUCCCAGCCAGACUGGGCUGCCAUCAACCUGGGGGUGGUCAUCUGCAAGCAAUGUGCAGGUCAGCACCGAGCCUUGGGUUCUGGGAUCUCUAAGGUGCAGAGCCUGAAGCUGGAUACAAGUGUCUGGAGUAAUGAGAUAGUGCAGUUGUUCAUUGUCCUGGGCAAUGACCGUGCCAACCGCUUCUGGGCAGGAGCAUUAUCCCCAAAUGAGAGGCUGCAUCCAGAUGCAUCCCCUGGCCCUCGGGGAGAAUUCAUUUCCCGAAAGUACCGUUUGGGUCUCUUCCGGAAGCCCCAUCCUCACUAUCCAGAUCACAGCCAGUUUCUCCAGGCACUGUGUGCAGCUGUGGCAGGACCCAACCUGUUAAAGAGCAUGGCCCAGCUCCUCUGUGUUGAGGCCUUUGAGGGUGAGGAAGAGCCCUGGUCCCCUUCAGCCCUGGAUGGCAGCUUCCCUAGCCUCAUACCCCCAGACCCUUCCCCUGGUGUGUACAAUGAGGUAGUGGUGCCUGCCACUUACAGCAGCUUCCUGUACUGUGCUCCCGUCAGCCACAAAGCUGGACCCCCACCCCCUCGCAGGGGCCGGGAUGCUCCCCCUCGACUGUGGUGUGUACUGGGAGCAGCUCUGGAAAUGUUUGUGUCAGAAAGCAGCCCUGAACCCUUGAGCCUCAUCCAGCCCCAGGAUGUUGUCUGUCUGGGCGUGAACCCCCCGCCUACUGACUCAGGUGACCUCGACAGGUUCCCCUUUUCCUUUGAGCUCAUCCUUACUGGGGGGAGGAUCCAGCAUUUUGGGACAGAUGGAGCAGACAGUCUGGAGGCCUGGACGAGUGCCUUGGGCAAGUGGUUCUCCCCUCUGAGUUGUCACCAGCUGCUGGGUCCUGGGCUGCUGCGACUAGGCCGGUUAUGGCUGCGGUCCCCCUCCCACACAGCCCUGGCCCCUGGCCUCUGGCUGUCAGGGUUCGGCCUCCUUCGUGGUGACCACCUCUUCCUGUGUCCAGCGCCGGGUCCAGGACCUCCAGCCCCUGAGGACAUGGUGCAUCUGCGACGGCUACAGGAGAUCAGUGUAGUCUCUGCAGCUGACACCCCAGACAAGAAGGAGCAUUUGGUCCUGGUAGAGACAGGAAGGACCCUGUAUCUGCAGGGGGAAGGCCGGCUGGACUUCUCAGCAUGGAACACAGCCAUUGGCGGGGCAGCUGGUGGAGGCGGCACGGGGUUGCAAGAGCAGCAGAUGAGCCGAGGUGACAUCCCCAUCAUUGUGGAUGCCUGCAUCAGUUUUGUCACCCAACAUGGGCUCCGGCUGGAGGGUGUGUACCGGAAAGGGGGUGCCCGUGCCCGAAGCCUGCGGCUCCUGGCUGAGUUCCGGCGGGAUGCCCGGUCAGUGAAGCUCCGACCAGGGGAGCACUUUGUGGAGGAUGUCACAGACACGCUCAAACGCUUCUUUCGUGAGCUCGAUGACCCUGUGACUUCUGCACGCUUGCUGCCUCGCUGGAGGGAGGCUGCCGAGCUGCCCCAGAAGAAUCAGCGCCUGGAGAAAUACAAAGAAGUGAUUGGCUGCCUGCCGCGGGUCAACCGCCGCACACUGGCCACACUCAUUGGACAUCUCUAUCGGGUGCAGAAGUGUGCAGCUCUAAACCAGAUGUGCACACGGAAUCUGGCCCUGCUGUUUGCGCCCAGCGUGUUCCAGACAGAUGGCCGGGGGGAGCACGAGGUCCGGGUGCUACAGGAGCUCAUCGAUGGCUACGUCUCUGUCUUUGAUAUUGACUCUGACCAGGUAGCUCAAAUUGACUUGGAGGUCAGUCUUAUCACCACCUGGAAGGAUGUGCAGUUGUCCCAGGCUGGAGACCUCAUCAUGGAGGUUUAUAUAGAGCAUCAGCUCCCAGACAACUGUGUCACCCUGAAGGUGUCCCCAACACUGACUGCUGAGGAGCUGACUAACCAGGUACUGGAGAUGAGGGGGACAGCAGCUGGGACAGACUUGUGGGUGACAUUUGAAAUUCUUGAGCAUGGGGAGCUUGAGCGGCCACUGCACCCCAAGGAAAAGGUCCUAGAGCAGGCCCUGCAAUGGUGCCAGCUCCCGGAGCCCUGCUCAGCUUCCCUGCUCUUGCGAAAAGUUUCCCUUGCCCAGGCCGGCUGCCUCUUCACAGGUACCCGGCGUGAGAGUCCACGGGUAGGGCUGUUGCGGUGCCGUGAGGAGCCACCCCGAUUGCUGGGAAGCCGCUUUCAGGAGAGAUUCUUCCUGUUGCGUGGCCGCUGCCUCCUGCUGCUUAAGGAGAAGAAGAGCUCUAAACCAGAACGAGAGUGGGCUUUGGAAGGUGCCAAGGUCUACCUGGGAAUCCGCAAGAAGUUAAAGCCUCCAACACUGUGGGGCUUCACAUUGAUACUGGAGAAGAUGCACCUCUACCUGUCCUGCACUGAUGAGGAUGAGAUGUGGGACUGGACUACCAGCAUCCUCAAAGCCCAGUAUGAUGAUCAGCAGCCAGUCGUCUUACGACGCCGUUCCUCCUCUGACCUUGCCCGUCAGAAGUUUGGCACUAUGCCCUUGUUGCCCAUCCGUGGGGAUGACAGUGGAGCCACCCUCCUCUCUGCCAAUCAGACUCUGCGGCGACUACACAACCGGAGGACCCUGUCCAUGUUCUUUCCGAUGAAGUCACCCCAGGGGUCUGUGGAAGAGCAAGAGGAACUGGAAGAGCCUGUGUAUGAGGAGCCAGUGUACGAGGAAGUGGGGGCCUUUCCUGAGCUGACAAAGGACGCCUCUACCUCUUCCACCACACAGGACUGUACAGCAAAGACAGAGACCCUCAUCAGCCAGAGAUCCUUUGAUCAACCCCUUCUUUCCAAGGCAGGCACCCUGGGCUGGGUAGAGAGACCGCCUGAGCCCCCUCCUGGUCCUCCUUCAAAGAGCAGCCCCCAGGCACAUGGGUCCCUGGAGGAGCAGCUGCUCCAGGAGCUCAGCAACCUCAUCCUGAGAAAGGGAGAAACCACCACAGGCCUUGGCAACUGCUCCCAGCCCUCCAGCCCUCAGCCCCCCAGCCCCACUGGCCUUCCCACACAGACACCCAGCUUCCCCACCCAACCUCCUUGCUCUUCCAGUCCAUCCUCCAGCCAGCCCCUUACAUGA